CAUAGGCGCGUGCGCAAAAGUCUGGCGCGAUGCGCAGGCAGGCUGUUGCUCAACUGUCGGAUCACACUCGACUCCUGCGCAAACUUCUUCCUGUCUACGCUGGUCUUCCUUGCCAAGGAUGACUUCAACGAGGUCUCCACGACGGCUCAAGAGGAAAUCAAGAUGAUAAAUCAAACACAAGGGGAUCGAGUCUACGCCUACCUGAGCGACAGCAUGCACGAGGGCCUUUUGGCCGCGCUCCCACGACACAUGCGUGACGCAGACGAAAGCGCGAAACUGGCUGCCAUCCGACUGCUCUUCAACCACAUGUAUCUGCUCGAGGAUAAGCUAAGCCCGCUCCUCGCUUCAUCAUCAUUCCUCGGACGGCUGUCGAUUGCACUACUUCAGAUUUUGGGGAGUGGUGAAGCGGAGGAGGGAGUCACUAACCUCUAUCCCAAGAGAACCUUCCGCUACUUCAGGAGUGAAGCCGUAGAGAAUGUCAUGAAGAUGAUAUGUCUGUACCUCGGCCGGUACGGCGACCUGCACUCGCUCCUGGACCACUUCUUCCAGGUUGUCCAUGAUCCCAGGAACAAGCCAUUCCGCAGUCAAGCCUUCUACAUCAUCAACAACCUCCUUCUCGGCGCUGUCGGCGUCGGUGUACCCAGUGCCGGUGUGAGAAGCACCACUGGUCAUGUCGACAUCACACAAGAGGUCGAGCUCGUGUUGGAGGAGUAUUUGGACGAGUCGCUCUGGAGGUUCGUCCCGUUCAAUGAAGCCUUUGUCAACGUGCUCAACGAGAAUGCGAUCAGCAUGAGCCUGUUGCUCGAGGGUAUUGGUAACUGCGCACAGGUGAUGGGACGGAGCUUCGAUCAGCAUCUCAUGACCGUGCUUCACCCGCUCCUCGAAAAGCUUGGCGAUGCGAACGGUUUGGUGAGCCGAUCGGCCUAUGCCACCCUGCAGCGCAUUUGCCACUACUGUACGCGUGUGCUUCGCGCCAUUCUCGAAUAUGGCAUACUCAAGGCCGCGGCACCAACGGCACCAGAGCGACGGGUGCCGCUGGAGGAAGGCGAUAGUCAGAGCAUCGAUGACAUCGUGUGGCUGCUCGAUGACACCAUCCAAUCCGUUUUCAACGGCCUCGAUGAACACAACGUCGAGUACACUCUCACCUUCUGUCGAAUAUUGGAGGCCAUCGUGGGGGUGCUGGCGCGCAAGUACGAACGCGAAGGAUGGUCGACUACGCUGGUGGCCGAUGCCGACCCUCUGACGAGCCUCCUGCGAGACGAGACGAAGGAGCUCGCGCCUGAACAAAACGUCGCCCGGGAAGAAUCGGUCGAUGCACCAACCGCAAGUCAGGACAUCGAGCAAGGCGAGCAGAAGAGCGAAGCGGAGAAGAUGGCCGACAUCGCGAAGUACUUCAGCGACUAUCAUGAAAAGAAGCAGAAGGAGAAAGAACACAACCACGACGACGACGGUGAAGAAGAGGCCAACGACAACAGUAUAGAAGACGGCGCCGAGGAGGAUGAUCCACUGCGCUCCAAGAGCCGACAGAAGGAGCUGGACACGGUGGUGAGGAUGCUCGAACGCUGCCAGCACUUCGUGUCGUCGCGUCAGCGCGAGGUGCGGCUCUCCAUCCUUGAGAUCAUCACGCGCAGCAUGACCGUGCUCUCUGCCGACCGCAAGCGACUGCUGCCGGCCGUCCACCUGAUCUGGCGGCCGCUGACGACAAAGUUCGCCGAGCGCGACCGCGUGCAGGCCAUCAAAUCGUGGGAGGUGGUCACCGCCGGCAUCGCCCUCCACGCCGGCGACUUCGUGUUCCAUCGCGUCCGCGAGGACCUGUGGCCCGCCCUGCGCGAUCGCGUCAUCCCCGUCGACUACGCCGCCCUGCGGCAGGAGAUGCGCUCGCUGGGCUCCUUCUCCCCGGCCAGCUCGCUCGUGCUGCGCUCCCAGCUGGCCCUCCUCCGCACCCUCGCCGACCUGUGCCGCUACGUCUUCGCCCGUAUGCCCAGCUUCGGCUCGUCCGACAGCGGGCAGGCGCUGGCCGCGGACAUGUUUGGCGCCAUCUACGUCUAUCUGGACGACACCCUGCCCGCCGCGCUGCGCGACGAGGCCGUCGAGCUGACCAGGCGCCUGGCGCUGCUGUCGCCCCGCGUCCGUGCCCAACUGGAGCGCAUGAGCCGAGAGGUCGCCGACUUCUACACAACCAGCCUCCCCUAUCCCUACCCGCCACUUGAACAGGCCGCCACCUCUGGUGACGCCAAGGCAAAGCCAGCUGCGGGAGACGCCAUGAUCCCGCGCGUGAAGCCGCUCGACAUCAAGCAGAGUCUCAGUGCCAUCACUACCUGGCUUCGGCACCGUGGGCUCUAG